AUGAAUAGAUAUUUUCCUAGAUUUAAAUUAGAUAUUUUUUUAAUAUCAAUAUAUAUUUUUCUAAAAUGGUUAAAACCAAAGAAUGCUCAUGCAAAACAAAUACCAAAUAGAAAACACAUUAUAUAUGCUAAUUAUAAAAUUAGAAGUAAAAGAUAUGAUAAUAUUGUAAAUGGCCGAAUAUAUCCUCAACCAUCUGAAAUAGAAAUAACAUUUAUGAAUUUAUCUAUCUCAAUACCUCAACUAGAAAUUUUGCCCAUACAUAGCUUAUCAAGUGCUAGAAAUCCUGAGCAAGUAAUUUCUUUAAGCAAACCAGCAACAAAAAAGACUAGCAGAAAAUCAGAAUCAAAAACUAUAAAUCAUUCUAUCUCAUCAAUACCAGGAAGUGAUGUGCAAGCUAGAAUAGAAAAUUUAUGA